ACGUUAACUGCCAUAACGACCACCUAGGAAAAGCAGAGAGGAAAAUCUCCAAAUAAUCUCCAUUAGCCCAAAAUAUUAGAGACAAGAAAUUGCAUCAAAUCAUCAACCAUGUCAUCCUCUUUUGAUUCAUUCACCCCUGAAGGAGAUCAAAAUGACCCCACAGUGCUGCAUGUCCAACACGAUCAUGUGUCACCUACCUCCCACCCUUUUGUUGAUGAUGGCUACACAGGUGAUGACUCGUCAUUCCCUGGAGAAACACCAUUGCCACAAGAAAAUUUCUUCAAUGACAACAUGCAUUCUUCUGAGGGGUAUGGGUUUGGUUUGCCUUCUCCAAGUACUGAAUUUUCCUCACCCUUUGAGACUGAUGGUGGUGGUGGUGGUGAUGGUGUUUUUGCUUCUGAUGGGCCAAUUCUGCCUGAACCUGGUGAAAUGCAGGAGUUAGGAGUCAAAUUCCGUGAGUGGCGCAGGCAAAAUGCCCUCCAUUUAGAGGAAAAGGAGAAAAGAGAGAAGGAGAUGAGAAACCAGAUCAUCAAUGAAGCUGAAGAGUAUAUACGAGCUUUUUAUGAGAAGAGGCAGCAGAAUUGCGAAACUAACAAAGCUCAGAACAGAGAAAGAGAGAAGCUGUACUUGGCCAAUCAAGAGAAGUUCCAUAAAGAGGCAGACAAACAUUACUGGAAAGCCAUUGCAGAGAUCAUUCCUCGAGAGGUGCCGAACAUUAAAAGGAGAGGGGGUAAGAAAGAGGAUGAUAAGAAACCUUCCAUUAUGGUAAUUCAGGGUCCAAAGCCUGGAAAACCCACUGAUCUUUCAAGGACGAGACAGCUUUUCUUGAAGCUGAAACAGAACCCUCCACCUCACAUGAUGCCUCCCCCUCCCACACCUGCCAAAGAUGGAAAGGAUGCAAAGGAUGGGAAAGAUGCAAAGGAUGGGAAGGAUGGGAAGGAUGCAAAGGAUGGGAAGGAUGGCAAGGGUGAAAAUGAAGGGAAAGAUGCCAAGAAUGAGAAAACUCCCGCACCAACAUCUGCUACUGCAGCUGCAGCUGCCGAUGGAAACAAGCCUGCUUCACCCUGUAAAGACAUUGCCAAAAGUAGUUCAUUUGACUUGUCGAAAUUAGAUGUUCUUGCUGCAGCUGCUGCCGAAGGUGAGCAAGCUGCUGAAGGUGAGCAAUCUGCCGAAGGUGAGCAAGCUGCCGAAGGUGAGCAAUCUGCUGAAGGUGAGCAAGCCACUGCUUAGUGAUGGUUCCUAUUAUUCAUACCAUCAUUUCCUAUUCUACUUGUAAGGUCUCAGCUUAACCAUUCGUUAUGCAAACUGCGAAUAAGUUCAGCUCUCUAUAGAUGUUAUCGAGCUUCCUUCAUGAACUGUGGAGAGCUUUCUUCCUAACUAUAGGAUGUUCUAGGCUUUACUUGCAAAAGAUUUCUGUUAAUUCCAAUUUUUUUCCAGAUUCAUUGUUUA